AUGCGCAGGCGAAGAAAGCUCUCGGGUGCUGAUGGUGGAGGGAAACGAGGCUUGCAGGUGGAAAGCUCCAACGCUUUGAAGUCCCUGGUGCUUGAUGCAACCGACAACGAGCAGGCAGACCUAUCCGGUGUGAACUGGGAUGCGCCGGCAGAUGCGGUCAGGUGUCGGCAUGGAGUCCGCUUUAAGGUGGUCAAUCCUGACGUUUCUCAGCGUCUUCCCUUUGUCUCCACUGCCCCUGCGUCGCAGGCGAUGCGGCAGCUUUUGCUCGCCAUAGGCACUGGGAGUCCGGUGCUGGUGGGUGGCCCUUCUGGAGUGGGGAAGACCGCCUUCGUGAGGAGGGCUGCAGAGUUGAUGGGGCAGCUGGAGCCUGUCUUUCUGUUCUGUGAUGAGCAGACUGACAUCAAAAUGCUGCUCGGUGCAUAUGUUUGUGGUGAGACUGUAGGAGAGUUUGUGUGGCGGCCUGGCGUUGUGACAGAAGCUCUUCAAAAGGGCAGGUGGCUGGUGUUGGAAGAUGUGGACAGAGUCCCCUCAGAGGUUUUGGCUGCGUUGCUGCCUCUUUCAGACUCUCGUCGCCUGGUUAUACCCGAUCGGAACCAGUGUCUUUCGGCACACGAGGACUUUCGACUUUUCGGUACACUGUCCUGUGGCUCGGAACCAGUGCGCUGGUCCUCGCACGCGACAAAAGAUGGUGUCCAAGAGGAGGCUACAGUGGCCGCUGAGGAAGGGCAAAAUGGUGGUGAAGACGAGGAAGACGAGUCUGACACUCUACUUGCAGGAGAUCCUGGAGCACGGGGCCGUGUUCCAGCCCUGGUAAGCGCUUGGGCGCGAGUCUGGCUGGCACCGCUUCAAGAGCUUCACCUAGCCGAAGUGAUCACCGGCUUGUUCCCGGAGCUUGAGCCCAUCCAGGGGCAGCUGCUGGACUCUGCUUCGGCUCUGCGGCUUGCCACAGAGGAGGCAGGGCCGCGGGCCAUGCUUGGUGGCUUGCCGGCGACCGGACCGCGAGAUCUGCUGCGCUGGUGUUCGCGGCUGCGCCUGGCGAAACUCGUGCUAAGCCCUAGCUUCACCGAAGAGAGCCGAACCGCUCUUCUCAGAGAGGCAUUGCAGGUGAUCCUUGGACGAGUGGCUGACCUCCGCCUCCGCCGCGCCUUCCUGUCCUGCCUGGCUCCCAUCUGGUCCCUGAGCUCGGGAAUCGCAGAGGCCCUGCUGCAGGAGAGGCCCACGGUGACCUUGCUGCCAUCUUCCGCUCCCGAAAAGGUUCAGAUCGGCAGCAUCACUCUUCCUCUUGCAGUGCAAGGAGAAGAUCCGGCAGUCCGAUGUGCGCCCUUUGCCUACACAUCAGUCCAUGCCCGCAUUCUUCAGGCUCUGGCGUCGGCGAUCCGAGCUGACGAACCUGCCCUGCUGGUGGGUGAUACUGGUACCGGGAAAACUUCGGUAGUCCAGCACAUCGGCCGUUUGUUGGGCCAAGAGGUCCUUGUUUACAAUUUCAACGAGCAGAGUGAGUCCACGGAACUCAUCGGCGGCUUUCGUCCAGUCGACAAUGUCAUGCAACUUAUGUCUGAACUUGUUGAGUUGUUCUGCUCCACCUUCGAGAAGUCUUUCUCGCGGCGCAAGAACGCGAGGCUUUUGGAAAAAGCUCGAGGGGACUUUCUGGGCCGACGAUGGGCUUCGGUGCUUCACAGCAUUGGAAGCGUGAUGUCCAAGGCCCAGCAGAGUCUCAGCGAUCCUGUGACUCAAGCCUCGAAAGGUGUGAAGGGCACACACCUUGCAGCAGAGUGGGAAAUGGUGAAGGACCUCCAUAGAAAGGCAUCAGCAGUGGUCGCGGCAGGCUCGGCGCCCCGCUUCGAGUUCAAAGAGGGCUUGCUGGUCCAGGUGCUGCAGGAUUACGUGUCAUGCUUGCACCCGUGUGCCGGGAAGGACAGUUAUUGGAGAUCAAGAACAAGCGAACUUAGAACGUCUUUUCCCGAAGCCCCAAUUCUUCUUCUGAUGCUCGCACGGCGAUCUGCUGCAUGCAUUGUCGUGAUCCUCGUCAGCUGGCAUUCUUUCCUUGCCUUCGUCACGGGAAGUUUGGCAAGAGAGGCAGUCAACCGAGUGGCCCGAUUCGCACGCGGAUUUGGCAAUGAAGGGCGGCCAGCUGCCAAGACAGACGAGCAGCAGGUGAAGACAAAGAAGGGGCUGAGGACUACGAAAGCUGCGAUUCAGUUCUUUGAAAAAGCCAAAGGGUAUCGAGAAGGUGGUGACAACGUGAAAGCCGUCCAGAUGUAUCGAAAGGCCCGAGUUGCCAUUGGCAAAGCAGCAGGCAAGGGAUCCAAAGACUAUGCCAGGGUCUGCAGCGACCUUGCAACUGCAUACCUUGACCUGGAUCAGCAGGACCGUGCGGCAGACCUGUAUGAAGAGUCACGAAGAGCCUUUGAAAGCUCUGUCGGCACAGCCCAUGCCGAGUAUGCAGGCUGCCUGCGAAAUUUGGCAAGGUUGAGACGAGCUUUGGGCAAUAUAGCCGAGGCAGAAACUUUGUUGAAGGAGGCUUCGCACAUCUAUGCCGGCGAUUUAGGCAGCUUUCAUGAGGAGUAUGCACUGACCCUGAGAAGCCUUGCCACCCUUUACCAGGAACAAGGCCAGAUGGAGCUUCUUCAGCCCAUCUUACUCGAAGAGCAGCGCGUGAGGCCUCCUCCAGCAGAGGCAGAGGGCGAGGUCAGCACAAAGGGAGAUGACAGCGAAGUGCCGUGGGGCUGUGGGGCCGGGUGUCACAGGAAGAAGCACCUAUGCCGAGAGCUGGACAAGCUGCAGGGAAGAAGGCGCGAAAACGAAAGGGAGCGGCCGCUGCGCGUACAGUACCGGUCCCUCCAGUCAUUGCCUUUCCUUUGCUUUCUCUCUGGAGUCUGGAUGCUCGAGGAGCUCCCUCCAGGCAUUCGUGCACGCUUCACCGAGAUCUUCGUAGACGAGGCUGUGUGUGUUGAGUCGCUGUCGGAGUUCUGUGGUCAGUAUGCUCCGUCGGUCUCCCCGCCGAAACCACGGCCGCUGCAGGCUCACGAUCUGAAGUCCAAGGUCUUCGUGGUUCCCACAUGGUGUGAUAUUUGCAAAGGUGUACUGGUCGGCCACGGCUUUGUCUGCGCAGGUCCUUGCCAGAUGAGGUGUCAUCGGGGACUCGGGGCCAACGGCGCAGAGAAUUGCAAAGCUGAGCUCCUCAUGAAGAAAUGCGAGGAGGUCGCCCAUGUCCAGGGACAGUACCAGUUUGGCGACGUUACGAAGCAGAUCUUCAGGAAUGAGAAGCAGAGGAUUAAGGACCUGGUGGUGACAGAGUUUGUGAAGGAACAAGCGAGUUUCGGAAAGUUCGACAAGCUGAAAGCCUAUUCAGAAGCUCUCCAGGAGUGGUGGGACGAAGAUCGCGUGGUUCGAUACAUGUUGUUCGCCAUUUUCUCGAUUGAGCUCGUGCUCUUCGUGAUCAGUUACAGCUCAGUGUUUCUCUGUGCUUGGCCCGUCCAUGGCGCAUCGCGGGCGGGCCGUUUGGCCUGGCUGCAGGCCGUGUCCAACUGCACGUCGGCUGCCGUGUUUGAAGGAUUGCUGAUACUUCUGAUCCAUGUGCUCGCCACUCAGCUCCUGGUCUACUCCGAUCUUGUACACAGCUUUGUUCGUGAAAUACUGCAGAUAAAUCUCAGCGAACUACAGAUAGACGUGGGGAAAGCUGCUGAUGCUGUCACGAACAUCACAAUCCAUGGCCUUAAGACGACGGCUUGCGUCGCAUGCCUUGGGAUGGCGUUGUGGAUGAGGGCCGUCCAGCUGGUCUACGACUACAUGAUUUCCGCCAGCUGA